UUAAGUCUAUCAACAUUUAUCUGCUAUUCAUGGGGACAGUGAAACGUGCCAUUAUAAUUUAUAUUGAUAUAAAAUAAUGUGUUUAUUAAUGACAUGUCGUUGUUUGUGUAUUUCCUAUUCAAAUUUUCGAGAGUCGUAUGAUACCGGUGUGGACUGGCGAUGUGGGCUGCCUUGCUCUGUGCACUACCCCAACAACCCGUGCGGUGAUGGCGAGGAAACCCCGUUGACAAGGCACUGCUUUUUCAUGACGCCCAGCCUGCUACAGGAAACAAAGGGUGUUAAAUGACUGAAUCCAUGCUUCCUGCUGGAAAUCUGUGUCAUGGAUGAUGAGGACGAUCGCCGUCUUCUGGAUAUUUUAGGAGAUGUGGAUGCACUGAAUGACUAUCUCCAUGGCAGCAACAGCAAGUCUAUUGAGGAGGAUGAUGUGACAAAUGCAGCUUAUGGAUCGGAUGGAUCCUUCUUUGCUAGUGACACAGCUGGCUCCAACACUGGCCUCAAGGAUGGCUCUUCUUCAAUGGGUGAAUUCGGCGAUGAUUCAGCCGGGGCAGGCCUCCAGCUCUCCAGCAGCCUUUCAUUUAUUGAGGAUGAACUGGGGACUGGGAACUCUCCCGGAGAGGUGGAUCUCGGCGGAGAGGACCAGCCCUUUGACAUCCUGCAGAAGUCUCUUCUGGAGGCUGACAUCACAGAACAGACGCUGGCCCAGGAGGCCCUACUGGACUCCCAACCCGCUCCCACUCUAGUGCAAGCUCCUGUUCCUUUCCCUUCCCAGCUGGUCUCUGGGGGUUAUGGAGGGGGAGUGGGUGUGGUUACCACAGCAACAGCUGCGUUCCCUACGGGCCAGUUCCUGCAAGGAGUGUCCCAGCUGCCCAAUGGCUCUGCCCAGCACAUCCAGGUGUUGGGCUCCUUUGGGGCUGGUGGGGGCGUGAUGACUCUGAGCAGCUUGGACAGAACUCCACAGAUUGUGUUGAGGCCGGGGGCACCUGUACCUGGAGCAGGGCCCACAACAGGGGGGCAGGUGUUUGCCCCUACACAAGGGCAGGUAGGCCAAGUUGGCUUACCUUUCAAAAACAUUCCCCUUCAAAACAUCAUCAUCCAGAGAGGCCCAGGAGGGACCCAGACUCUUGUAAGACCUAUACAACCUAAACCCCUUCAAGCUGGGGCCCAGACUGUCUACAGCCUUGGUCUUCAGCCCACUCCCACCACCAUGGCUAAUGUAGCUAACACUAACACUGUUACUCCUGGGGGGCAGUACACAGCCAAUGGCUCCAUUGUAGUGCAGCCGCCCCUGGAGCAGCAACAGGCCCAGGCCCAGACAAACAUACCACCUGGACAGUUUAUACUCCCCAGCUCUUUGGCGCUCACCCCUGGCAGCACCAUCCACAAUGGCCCUGCUGACCCCAACUCAAAUGCCCUGAUUACCAGUCAGAACUCAGUGCAGAUUGUUGCGGGGCAGAACUUCACUGCACCACCAAGGGGUCAGCUAAUUUUGAAUCAAGGAGUAGUCAGUGGGAGUCAGGUUGGAGGGGGUGUAGCUCAAACAUGGACAGGAGUUUCUUGUGCGAGCUCCGCUCCUGUGCAGACAUCGUGUGCUCCUGGGCGGCUGACUCUGGUCGGCCCAGCAGCGGCGGGGAUCAGCGGUCAAGGCCAGGUGUCAGCCAGCCCUGUGCAGCGCCUUCUAGUGACUCAAACUCAGAACUGCACUUCUCUGUCCCCUUUACCUGGUACAGUCACACAAGAACAAGACUACAGACAGAAUUCUUCAUCGCCUGCUCUCAAACAAACUCAGCUCAGCAACAUUCAUGCCAUGAAAACCAUGACACAAGAUUCAACGCUAAACUCUCAGGUCAGUGCACAGAAGAGGCCUGCCCUUCCGCCGCUUACAAGAGAAGGAAUGUUUUUACAGCAGUUGAGGAAGGAUCACGCUGGAGUUCAGACCCCAGAUCGACGUCGGUUCACUUCGGUCAGCGAUGCGCUGCAGAGACUCCUCCCUUACCACGUGUUCCAGGGGGCUCCGCCCAGCCAGGACGAGUUCUCACAGGUGGAUGAAGAAUUUGAGGCAGUUGCGACUCAGGUACUGAACAGGACGCAGUCCAUGGUAAACAAAUACAGACGGCUGCUAAUGGUGGAAGCUGAGCGUUCAAGCCCGUCAUCAGAAAUGGUGAUGAUUGACAGGACCUUCAACCAAGAGGAACGCAGCAACCUGACACAAGACAAACGCACGGUACUAGUGGAUCCAGACAGCUUCUUGGAAGACUUCUGUUGUGGGAUGAAAUCCAAACUUUUCCAAGACCCUUUCCCGUCUCAGUCCAGCUGUAGUUGGAAUCAGUUGGACAGUGGCUCCACAGAGCCACCGUACAGGACAGACUCUCAGCCUGGGUAUGGAGAUCCGGGAGGGGGUGGGGCUGUAGGUCCAGGCCCAGCAGAUAGACUCCACCCUCCACACGUAGAAAACCAGAGCGUCCUGGAACUAAAGAGAUCCCAGCAACGCUACGGGCCCAGCAGCGCCAGCAACAACAGCCUCACCGCUGCCAACAGUUAUCCCCAAGGUAACCCCUCAUCUUUUACAGCAACGCUGGGAGGACAGGCGCACUACCAGGGGUCUCACCAGCUGGCCUCCCACCCGAUCCAGCCCCAGUACCCCCCUCAGCUCACCUCACCCCCUCACCCUGACACAGACUCUGCUCUAGAGGCAGCAGUCAACAGCAUCUUGGAAUGUUAAGACUGAUGCUUGGUAUCAUCCCCAGUGAUCUGACUUUUGUGUGUGUGUGUUUUUUUUCUUUAAUUUUCUUAAGCAAACUCUCCUGUUGUACUAUUUGUUAAGCUCCUAAAACCCUGUGUGAAGAGAGGUUAACUCUUCUUUCAGGUCUGUGAUCUUUUGUGGUACCAUCUCUGACCAUGUAGCUUGUAUUUCAUUUGUUUUUAUAGCUUUUGGAAGUUUUUUUUUUUUUUUUUUUGGAAGCAUGACGUAGGAGUCAAGGUGAACACAGGCACUUAUAAUUACCUAUAAAGAUCCGGGAAUGUGUGCAAUGCAAUGGACUAACAGGUGGAGAAUGAGCUUUUGUUGAAUUUAACAUUAUUUUACAAGGGUAGGGACUUCAGUAGCUUGAAUACAAGAGUGUUCCUCUCUUCACACACACACACCAUUAAUAUUUUGUGCCCCCAAUACCUAUGCUGAAAACCCUGAUGGAUGAUGGGGAGGGAGAAAAUGAUGACUGUGCCUAAUUCUAGGUUUUUAUUUUGAAGUGUUUACAUGAAGAAGCUCUAUUCAAAAUCAUCCAUUCCCUCAUUUCCUUCCUGCAUUACAAACAUACACAGUGAACGCUCAUCUGCUUUAGCACAGUGUGUUCCGUAGAUUCAUGGUUCAGAGGUGGACAUUUCCUUUAAGGUAAGCUCAGUAGAGACACGUUCACAUAGACAAGCUGCACUAAAUGUACUGUCGCUUUUUUUCAGGAACUCUAUGAAUAUGAGGCUCUUGUGGAUGUACAGUGUGCGCUAGGCUAAACAGAAUGUGAACAUUCGGAAAAGAACCAAAAUUUAUUUGCUUGCUCUCAGCUGCCUGCAACAAGGAUAACCUCUUAUUCACACUAGAAACCAGUCAGACUAGUCCCAUAGACCUAUGAAGUAGUGUUACUGUUCUCAGCAGUGCUUUCUUUUUUUCCCUCUUGUGCUUAAGUCACGUUUUCUUUGGCGUUUUUCUUUUGUACCUUAAAGGUAUGCAAGCCCCGACACACACACAGGACGAAUCUCGAUCCCAACCACUUUAAGCAUUUCACAGUGUGUUUGUGUCAGGGGAGCUAAGUCCUCAGAUUGAGGAGGAUAUGUUACAAUAUGUUUAUCUUUUUUAUUUAGAUUUUUUUUUAUUUCCUCAUUUUUAGAAAGAACAUUUAAAAGGAUGACUGUUUUGUUCAAUACAAUGUGUUCCCCUGCUUUGUGAACGUGACGAUACCGUCAUUAGUUUAAACGACCUUGGAUGGUCAUUGAUUGUACGUAUGUUUGUCUGCCUUCUGCAUAUAAUUAUAUAUUGAUCAUAUCUGUCUAUCUAUGCUUUACAAUUUUCACAUCUCUAUCAGGAUGUGUGUGUGUGUUAAUGUGCACACACACACACACUGGUCUAUGACUUUGUUUUCAUGUAGUUUGGUGGUUUGAUUGCCAUACUCUUGACUUUACUCCCAUGUGUUCGCUCACACCCCCAGGAUAUUUUUCUCACUUUUUUUUUUCCCAAGCAGUUCUCACAUCUCCUCUGUUUUCCCUCUCAGCAGCGCAACCAAAAUUAAUAGGAGAGAGUGUAGCUAUGUCCAGAAUCACCCUCAGAUCUUCACUUCUUUGUGCUGGUGACAACAGUUCUGUAGUUGUUAAAAAAAAAAAAAAAAAAAGUGUUAGAUCUGAAACUGUGCCCUUACAAUGACUUUGGUUCCCAUUGUGUUCUAGUUUUUAUUCUGAGUAUUUUUGAGUUCUCAUUUAGUUUUUAAA